AUGGCGUCCGUCACGUCUCUAGACAAAGACCUGCGCAAUCUACGCCUGUCCCGCUAUACCCCGCAGGCAGCCGCCGAAGUGCGCGACUGGAUCGAGGAAGUCCUCCAUGAAUCCCUACCCGCCGGGGAUCUUCUAGAAGCCCUCAAAGAUGGUGUCGCGCUCUGCAGACUCGUCAACCUUGCGGUCUCCCCGGGGGUCAAAUUCAAGCAAUCUUCGAUGCCCUUUGUACAAAUGGAAAACAUCUCGCACUUCCUCCGUGCCUGUCAAAUCCAACCCCUGAGUCUCCCGCCCCACGAUGUCUUCCUCACCGUCGAUCUCUACGAAGGCAAGGACCCCGCGCAGGUCCUCCAGUGUCUGAUGGCCUUCAGUCGGAGAGCCAACGCGAUUCAACCGUCCAAGUUCCCUCGGACCAUCGGCCCUCAGAAUAAGGGCGGCACGUUGAGCCCUAAUAUGACGGGAUCCAGCCAAGGGGCUUACACGCCUACGAAGUCGCGAUUCUACAACGGGGUCAGCGAUACCGCCUCGAACGUUUCCGCGCAAUCCAGUCCGUCCGCGAAGUCGCCGGCUGUCAGCAGCUGGAGUAAGAAGACCGACGAGCAUUCGACCUCCCCGGCCUGGAAUAUUCAUCAAUAUGGCUACAUGGGCGGCGCUAGCCAGGCUAACCAAGGAGUUGCUUUUGGCGCUCGUCGACAGAUCACCACCGCUGCGCCGCAUGUGCCGAGCCUAGCGGAGAAGGAGAAACGCCGACGCGAGGAAGAGGACCGGCUCCGUGCGGAGCAGGAAUAUGCCGAGCGUAUGCGCCAGCAGGAACGGGAGGAGCGAGAGACAGAAGAGGAGCAGGCGCGCGCUGAGGAAGCGCGUCGCUGGGAAGAAGAGACGGCGCAGAUCCGGGAGAAGGAGCGACUCGAAGUGGAGCAGCAACGGAGGCAGUGGGAUGAAGAACAGCGCAAGUGGGAGGAAGAGGAGGAUCAGCGUCAGCGCGAGGAAAGAGAAACAGAGGACCGGAUCGACCAGGAGAGGCAGCGUCGACGCGAGGUCAACGACACCCGUCUCAACGGCCAGUUCCUCAGUCAGUACCAAGCCAGCCAGCCAGUGUCCGGCCGCGCCGCUGCCACCGAGCCCAGCGAGAGCCAGCGCAUCCGACAAUUGGAGCUGGAGCUGGAGAGUGCGAAGGAGAGAGAGGCCCAGUAUGAGCGCGAGCGACGAGCUCUUCGUGAGAAGAGAUCCACAGGCAGCAGCAGCAACACCCCUCCAGCUCCUCCAGCCCGCAGUCCUCGUCCUGUCCCCGUUCCUCCCAAACCCAGCUACGAUCUCUCGUCUCUGGAACAGGAACGCCGCCUCUUACGCACGGAAUGGCAGGAUCAUCAACGAGAGGAACCCAUCGCCGAAACCAGCCCACCACCUCCUAUGCCCCCUCGUCGGCCCUUACCCGACCCGACCUCGACAGCUAGCAGCGGUGGCCCCCCUCCUAAACCUCCCCGUCCUCUCCCGGACCCGGUGAACCAAAAACAAGAGAGCCGCGUCGACCGAUUCCUCUCCUUCAACCGUCCCCCGGUAGCCGCCAAGCCCGCCGCCCACCGUCCCCAAGACUACAGCACCACCUCUGAAGUCGACGCCGAGAACAGCCGCCGCGAAGCCGCGCAGGAGAAGACCAAAGCCGGCGGCUGGGCCUCCAAGUCCCUCCUGGAGCGGGAGAUGGAGCGCGAACGCGAGCGCCAGCGCGAAUGGGAAGACAACCAGAAACAGACCGAGGCCGUCGCCGCACAGGGCCUUAGUGAUUCCUCGAUAGGCACGGGGCCCGGCCAGGGUGCCUGGAACGUCCAUCAGUAUGGGUUUUUGGGCGGCGAUAGUCAGAACCGAGGAGGGCCUGGCUUGGGCGUUGGAGGUGCGAGACGCCAGAUCAUCGGUCCGAGACCUCCUCCGUGA